AUGGUGAAGCCGGUGGGUCCCAACAAAUGGAAACUGUCGACAAUGACGAAUCUCUCUUCGUCGAAAGGAGCCUCGAAGAAGUGCAAUCUCGUCAUCGACAAUGCAAGGCGACACGACCCACUUCCUACUUUUCGAGAACAGAUUUUACUGGAGUCAAACGACAAGAUCUUUGCUUACAUGCGCGGGGUCCGCGAGGUAGUAAAGCGACUCCGGGAAAGUCUGGGCUCAGUCAAUGCAGAAAUAAAAUAUCUGCUCCGAUGCAAAGAUACAUUGGAGAAAUCAUUCGAACACAUCAGAAAGGAUAUCAAAUUGAAUACUGACACGGUGAAUCUGCGAAAAAAUCGACCGAAAAGGGAGUCUGACCACGACGAAGCAGAUAAUCUUUUGCUCAUGGAAAAGAGAGAGCUGAACGAUAUCAAACGCGGUUUGGAGUCAAAACUGCGACAAGUCCAGCGCCAGCUUACCGAGCUCAGCAGUUCGAGAUCUCGAGUCAGCGCCGUGCUCGAGGAAAGAAACGAAGUUCUCGAGUUUUUGGCCGUCCACGCCGCCAACGGACGCACUUACAAGACGCACAUGUCAGACGCCAUCAGACAAAUUGGACCAGAAGAAUUUCUUCCUGACGGAAUCGCAGAGGAACUUCUGCCGCUGAUCGACACGCCGGAAGCUCAGACAGCUGAUAAGGAAUCGCAUGAUUGCACACACAGAUCCAGCGAAUUGCGACGCGAAGUCAAACUGGCCAUCGGAGAUGCUCACGUAAGAGCUCAGGACGCUCAUGAAAACGUGAACGAAGGAUUGAUGCAAAAAGUGGCCGAGACGGUGAGCUUGGAGCAGAAGCUCGACUUGGCGCGUGGAAAGAACAGAAAGGCCAUCCACAAGCUGGAGCGACACAAGACGCUCACCGAGACCGCGAAGGGCUACAUUGACGGGCCCGAGUCGCAAGAAAAUCUGACAACUCGCGAGUACAUGAACCGUCCUCUGGUGGCGACCUACCACCGGCACCCGAACACGACGAUCGCCGACACACGUAGAAUCAUCCGCGCGAGCACCACGCUGGGCAUCUCAAUCGAAGAAUCAAGGAAGAAUAUCGAAAUGCUUGUCGCAGCCAAAAAUCGCCUCCAAGCGGACUUGAAGGACAAACGCGCUGCUACUGCGACUGACACAGCUCUGGUGCGGCUGCGGAGACGCCGCGCGAACCACCGCUGGGUGAUGGACAAAGUCACAGCUGAUCCGACAAUCGAGAAAGCGGCCACUACUCCGUGGAAGAAAUCCAACACUCAUCCAAGAAGCUUUUCCAACAAGUAA